GCUGGUGCUGCUCGGGCUGUACCACAAACACAGAUACAGCCUCACAGAUGGGGGAAUGCCGCACCUCGCCUCGAAACUGACUACCUGGAGAAUCGGGGUCCACCCCCGCCAAGCCCGGGCAACGAGCUGAUGGAGGACCAACCGCCUGUGACCGUCAGCCGACCCAAUCUACAUCCCACGGUUGACAUCUUCGAAGAUGACGAGGAACAGAUUUUCGCUUCAGCCAACAGUACACCAAGCAUGCCAGAAGGUGCACAAGCCGGGGAAACCCCCGCUGGAGAUGCAGCUCCUUCCGGGGAUGUUGCCCCUCCCUCGCCGCUUGGACCACCAUCUUCACUGACCGAAGCGCAGAAACGACGGCUUCAAAAUCUUCUACAGCAGAGAGAUGAACAUGGGCGAGCGCCUUACAACUUGGACGACUACACGAACGCACGACAAGUGGAAGGCAUACCGGGCCGCCUCCAAGAAGGAAUACCGAGACUACCGCCGCGACCAGCGCAGCAAAAAUCAGUGGGGGCCUGA